AAUGUUUGUUGGAUGACAAUAUUCUUUUUUUUUUCCUUUGCCGCCCCUCUUCUCACCAGUUUGCAUUCCACAAAUAUAUGUAGACGCUGGGAAUUGAAUAGUGAACAAAACCAAAAAUUCUGCCCUAAUGGAGUUGACAAACUAAUUAAUGACUGUCAAGCCACUCUCCCCUUCCUUAGCCUCUUUUCUCCAGUACCCUUGCCUUUUCUUCCAUCUGGCUGCCUCUCUUCUUCUUCGUUUAAUCACUCCCCUCUUUCUAUAAAAAAUUUUCUUUUGUUUUAGAGACAGAAAAGGCAGCAAACACUUCCUAAAGUUUAUGUUGUUCCCACCAGUUCCCAGCCUUCUCCCAUUUUGUCUGUCUUCCUUGAAUCUUCCUUGAUUCCUCUCUCGCCCCAUUUAAUUGGUUCUCUUGGUUCAGUCUGCAUCACCUCCUGUCACCUCUGCUCCCUGCCUUCUCCAGGGCAUUUCCCAGAAGUGACCUCCUCUGAGUCCUGCCUCAGCCUCCUUAUGUGAUACUGCAACCCUAAGCUCACCUACCCUUCUUUGUUUUACUUUUCUCCUCAGGAUUUGUCACCACCCGAUGUCUUCUAUUUCAUUUGAUUAUAGUCUGUUUCUUCCCACUGGCCUGUGAGUGUGGUGAGCGUCAUUUACUGUUCUGUUCACUACUGUGUUCCUCGUGCCCAACGUGGGGCUUGGUAGUUUGCCCUGGAACGACAGCAAGAAACUGUCUUUAAUGGCUUCGUUGGUGGCUUACGAUGAUUCGGACUCAGAAGCUGAGACUGAGCCUGCAGUAAGUUUUAAUGAUGCUGGCCAGGUGAAAGACACUUCUGGUGUGCCCAAACCUCCUGGGCAGGAGGAUUUUUCAUCUGGUGUACUGGAUGUGACAAAAGAGGGGGCACAGCCCUCAAAGCAUGGCUCUUGUGAAGACUCAAGGAGCCAUUGUCUCCCACUGGCUCGGCUUGGGAGAAGUGAUCUGGGAUCUUGCCCCAGCCAGAGGCUUCAGUGGCCCAGGAAGGAGCCUGAAGUCACCUUCCCCACCAGCAGGCCUUCUUAUUCUUCUUUGUGGACUACCCAUGCUCCAGCCAGCCACACGCCCCUGGCAGCUUCCCACUUUAAGCAAGUAAAACUCCCCUGGCGUUCCCCCAAGUCAUCUUUCCACGUUCAAAACGAAUCUGAAACCACAGAUAAAAAUGGCAACUCUUUUCAGAAGAAAAGGUGUGAGGACUGUGUCAUACCAUAUACUCCAAAAAGACUAAGACAGCUGCAAGCAGUGAGCACAGAAACAGCCAAGAGUAAAGACGUGGAGCCAGAGGGUACACCUGCUGGCUGUGCCCCAGCCCCUCUCCGUGUGGCCCCUGUAGCAUCUGAUUUUAUUCAGCCAUAUUUGAGCAGUCAUUAUAAAGAAACCACAGUUCCUACAAAAAUGCUUUUCUACCUGAGAGGCCACAAGGGCCCUGUAAACAGCAUUCAGUGGUGUCCAGUCCGCUCUAAGAGCCACAUGCUUCUCUCAACUUCUAUGGAUAAAACCUUCAAGGUGUGGAACGCCGUGGACUCGGGGCGCUGCUUGCAGACCUACUCCCUGCACAGCGAGGCAGUGCGGGCUGCCCGGUGGUCUCCUUGUGGCCGGCGCAUCCUCAGUGGUGGCUUCGACUUCGCGCUGCACCUAACAGACCUUGAAACAGGAACCCAGCUAUUUACUGGUAAAAGUGACUUUAGAGUCACUGCCUUGAAAUUUCAUCCAAAAGACCACAGCAUUUUUUUAUGUGGAGGCUUCAGCUCCGAAAUGAAAGCUUGGGACAUAAGGACCGGCAAGGUGGUGAGACGCUACAAGGCGACCAUCCAGCAGACCUUGGACAUCCUGUUCCUCGGCGAAGGCUGUGAGUUCCUGAGCAGCACGGACGCUUCCACCCGCGACUCCGCCGACCGCACCAUCAUCGCCUGGGAUUUCCGGACCUCUGCCAGGAUCUCUAACCAGAUUUACCAUGAGAGAUACACCUGCCCCAGCCUCGCCCUGCACCCGAAGGAGCCCGUGUUCCUGGCGCAGUCCAACGGCAACUACGUGGCCCUCUUCUCCGCCGUGUGGCCCUACCGGAUGAGCAGAAGGCGGCGCUACGCAGGGCACAAGGUGGAAGGCUACUCCGUGGGCUGCGAGUGCUCCCCGGGCGGGGAGCUGCUGGUGACGGGCAGCGCCGACGGCCGGGUCCUGAUCUACACCUUCCGCACGGCCAGCCGGGCGUGCACGCUGCAGGGGCACGCGGAGGCCUGCCUCGGCACCACCUUCCACCCCGUGCUGCCCUCCGUCCUGGCCACCAGCUCCUGGGGAGGGGAGGUGAAGAUCUGGCACUGA